AGUGGAGUACGACACUUCUGCAGACACCUGUCAUUAAAGGUCAGUAUCACAAGUUUUUUAAAAAAAUUAAAAGUGUGCAGUUUAAUACCUGCCUGCCUCUUUACCUCUCUUUCCACUGUCAGUAGGACUAGCCCAGUAGUGUGCCACUCAUCCCAGUUCUGAGGAUUGCUGGAAAGCUAUGUGUGAGUUGUAGAGAAAACAAACUGGAAUAUCUAAACGUUCUCCUAUUCCAAAUGAAGGCAAAGUACAAUUUUCUGGGUAAACGAAAAAUGUUAUUUUGGCUCUUGGUUAAUUUGUUUGGGGUUUUUUAUGUGAUUUUUUUGGUUUUGGGGUUGUUUGUUUGGGGGAGGUGGUUUUGUUUGGUUGGUUGGUUUUCUUUUAAGUUUGGAAAAAUGUUAGACAUUGGCAGGUCAGGAGAAAGUGAAACCUGUAUGUGUGGCAAGGGGUGUGAUGGGAUGUGUGCUCUUCAUACCUUCUCCCACAUAUUCCUGCUUCUACUCUUUUUUCUUUUUUUUUUUUUUUUUUUUUUUUUUUUUUUUUUUUUUGUUAUUGUUGUUCUUUUAAAUUCCCUUUCUAUUAGUUGAUGAGGAAUAUCCCAAGCUGAGCUCCCAUAUCUAAGUUUCUCCUCUAGAAAUAGCUUUUGUGUCAACUAGCUUUCUCUUCAUGAACUUUUCCACCCAAAUCAGCAGGCUCCCAUUCCUAAACUUUUCUAUCCAAUGCUGAGGGAUGGAAAUGAGUUUUGCUUUGGUUUAUUCCUGCAUUUCAAACCAGAUUAAAUUCUUGUGUGAGCACAGGACUGCAGCUUUCUGGAGCUCACACCCCUGGAGAAAGGGCAGUUUUUGAUACAAGGCUUGGAACAGAAUUAAGUUUAUGUCAUAUUUUGGGCACUAUUUGUGUAACUCCAGGUCUAAGGGUUUCUCAUGAAGGGCAGAACUGGUUGAAGAGUUAACAAAAAGUAGUGUAGGAGGCACAUAUUUUAAUGGAAGACUCGCUCUUGCUUUACCCUGCUGGCCAGAUAUUUACAGGUACCUCAGCUCCUGGCUGCUGUACAGAACAGUUGAGCCAGUUGUUACCCUUUGGGGACUGUAAUCUUCACUCUGAAUUAGGAGGGAAGAAAAAUCUCUAUCCAUAGCUUCUCAGGUUAAUAAAGUAUGGCAGCAGCAAAAGGGAAAACAAAAAUGAUGCAUGCACUUGUCUGUGUUAUGUAAGAAAAUGUAUCUGAAUGUUUUCUCUGUCUUCCUCUAGAUUUGAGUCUCAUCCUUUUGCAGUUGCUGAGAAAUUGAAAGUUUAUUUCUGCUGGGGAUGGGGACUCCAUAGCCAAGGGUUGUGCAACUUACGAAAAAGACUGUAUUUGAUGUUACCUGGAUUUAAGACAAAUAGCAAAGUAAACUCAAGCAUCCUUUGUGAAACUGCUGCUGGCAGCCUCCUUGCUUCCCUGCUUCAUCAUUAGAGUAUCUCUGCCAGUUAGUUGAAUAACUAGGUCAGCCUGGGAGAGAAAAAACAUGUUCCUUGAUCUUUGUGCUGUCCCUCCUGUUUUCCCAUGUGUUUCUCUUUAUAGCCCAUUUCUCAGCUACCCAAGUUAGGAGCAUAUUUGCAUUAUCAAAUGUGAAGCUAUGGGGGAGAGGCAGGUGCAUCUGGUGAGUGUGGUGGGGAGGGAGGAGCACAGGACUGUCUCUCCAGGUGCCUCAGAGGCCAAGGAAGGGGCACAUUCACCUGCUGGUUUGGGUUUCCCCCAUUGUUCCUGGAGCACCAAUGCUCCCUCCAGCUCUGCAGAGUGCAUCCCCUGCCCUGGGUACCACUGGCUCUGAGCCCGCUCCACCUCCUGCCCAGCACUUCAGGGAGACAAGGGUGAGUUCAGGGCUCUGUCCUGGCUGGAUGGGGUUGGGGUUUUUGUGUGUGAUAUUUUUCCUGAUGGCCAGAUCUCCUUCAUUGUGGCCAUUGAUCUGCACGUAACAGAGCCUCAGUGAUGGCUAAGACUUGGAGAAAGUUUGUGCUCUUGUUGCAUGAAUUCAUGUUACAAUCGCCUGACCUGAUUAGGUUAAUUAUUUCAAAUCUUUAUAGGCUCUCAAAUUGAAAGAGCAAUCCAGGCUGUAGCCCUGAAUCAAUCUUGGAUGAAACUGUGAUGUGCUGAUAUAAGACGCAGUGGCAUCAACAUGCAUUGCACCUCCCUGUAGUCUGCUCCUGACAAUAUCUCCAGAGUUUCACAGUUAAUAUGACAGACAGAUUAAGAGCUACUGAUUAAAAACUGCCACUGUAUUAUUUAAUCCUUUUCUGAAAAAAGUUCUUCUCAUUAUGCCAUAUCAUGUCACAAGCAUUUAGUCCUUUGUCCACUGGUUUUAAGAAAGAUUUUAGUCAAAAUUUGUUAUGUAUGUGAAUAGAUGGUCUACUUAGCUUGUGCUCUCCCCUAACUUCAAUAUUCUUUUUUAGGAUUUCUUUCUAUUCCCAGCUUCUGCUAAAUGCAGGAGCUUUUCUUUUUGGAAUUCUACAACAUCAGCAAUUAUUUGUAUUUUGCUAUUAAUAUAUCUGGUCCUGAUUAUACCAUCAUUUGUCACUGACAUCUAUCUUUAUUAUGAAGAUCUUAGCAUUUCUAUAUGAAAUUUUAAUAGUUCAGUGAGAAGGCAUCCUGUUUGUUGCAUUUACUUCCUGCUGUUACAUUUUUAUUCUUUUGUCCCCCAUUAAUGAGAUUCUAGGCUUUUAAGAAUAUAGCUGCCUUUCUGAAAUCUAAAUAUCCUAUAAUAAAACAUUCUCAGAGGGAAAAUUACUUGGCAAUAGUAUUUUCAGGAUUAAAGUUCAUCUGGUUCCAUACCCAUUGCCAUGGCAGGGACACCUUCCACUAUCCCAAGCUGCUCCAAGCCCUGUCCAACCUGGCCCUGGACACUUCCAGGGAUGGGACAGCCACAGCUUCUCUGAGUGAAGAAUUCAAGCUAUUACCUGCCUGGGUGCAUGUUUGCAGCUCUUCUCCUGCAGCUGCUGAAGGGUUUGCUGGUGAAAUGAAACCUGAGAGGCCAGGAGGUGUGAGUGUGUCUCCUGUUUCAGGUAUUCCCUCCUGCCUGUGUCCCUGGGAUCCUGCCCCACCCAGGUCAUCUCUAAGGGAGUCAGGGCUCUGUCACACACACACACGUUUCACAAUAUCAGCCUUCUGAAAUGCAAAAAGCAUUUCCUUAAAAAAGGAGGAGGAAGUCUCCAGGAAAAUACCAAAAGUGAGGCAGAGGCUGUGGCUUUUUGCAGUGGCAAUUAUUUUAAGUGAACUGCCUGUAAGGAUUUUGCAGUUUGAAGUGGCAGGUUGCGUAUUUUGCGCAGACAGGAUUGUUAACGUGUGAAACAUGCUAAAAAUUGACCAAUAAAGGCACCUGGAUAUUUCAAACAUAAAUAGUGUGUACCAAAAUAGCUACAGAGCAGAUGGCCUGGCUCCACACACACCUUGCUGACCAGAAUACUCGAGCUACACGCACAGCCAAAAUCUCAAUCUUCAAAGCUGAUCAUCUGCAAAGGCAAGGGUUAUCCUCAUGCUACCCCUUAUCUGUCAGGCACAAAUGCUCCUGCACACGUUAAUUAGUGUAUCCUAGAGGGAUAAUGAACCCCAGGUUUGUCUGAACUUGCUACUACCCCAGCAAAGCAAAUCACCUGUUCUAGAGCACAGGCUCUCAAAAGUCGGUGAGAUUAAAACAACUGUGAGCUGAAAUCUGAUCUGCAGUGGAAAGAUCCCAAAACACAGAGGGCUGGGUUUGCCAGCCCGCUCACAGUACUGCCUGCCACUGAUAAACAGGAAACUGAGUCUGUUUCUCACUCUCAUUUUUCACCUUGGAUGCUAAGACCAAACAUCCCUGUUCCACAUAUUAACCAGGAUGUAAGGCUUUUCAUGUAUGGUUCAACAGAUGUGAAAGGGAAUUAUCACUUCAACAUGAUAUCAAGACUCUCUCUUUUUUUUUUUUUUUAGUUGAUGGCAGAUUACUAAGCCUGAAUUCUUGUUUAAUUUUAGUGUGUUAAUUGAUGGAAUAAUGAGCAUUGAUUAUAUGUGUUUUGGCUUCGUCAUUGCAAUUACAGGCUCUGUUUUAUUCAUGAGCCAGUCCUAAAGAAUGCACUAGAGAUCUAAGACAGCUUAAACCUCUCAGAAAAAGGCUCUGAAUUGUUUGAGUAAUGACACUCUUAGAUGGAAAAUUAAAGGUUCUCUUUUCCCAUGCUUUUUAAGAUAAUUAAAAUCCAGGAACGGUAAGGUGGUGAACAUCCUUGUUCAUUAGCCUUCAGUAAUUUAGCUUCUACUAAAUGAGGAAAACAUUUUAAUUCUCUGGGCCAUCUGUUGCAGUCUCCUUUGUGUGUCCCGUUACAUAAAGUCUCAUCAUGGGCAGUUUUAACAUCAGUAUUGUAUCCUUUCACCAGGAACGAUGAGCUGGGUGAGGUAGCUGAAGUCACCACCUAUUAAGAGACCACCCUGGAAUUAAACUGCCUGCUUUGUCUUUAAACUUGAAGUUAUCCUGUCUAGACACCUCUAGGCAGAGAGGAGCCCGUGCAGGGAACUAGGCAGUGUGACAAGCUGUGUUUUCUAAUAGCAAUAUCCAUGCCAAUAAAUAACAAAGUUCACUGGAGCCCUUCCAGUUCCUCUAAUGCGCGCCUGCUCUGCCAUAUGGCUCCGAGCUGCUUGGGGAAGCAGCACUCCCUGCUCGGGUGGGAAGCACAGCCCAGGCUCCCUGCUGGGGGCUGCCUUGGAGCUGGUUUGGAGGCAGAGCAGGGCUCUUUGCACCUUGACAGGGAAAUACAAUAAAUAUUAGAGCAGGAGUGUGCUCACCUAGGAUAAAUGCUGGAUCAGGAGCUAGGAAGUGCUUGGAUUCCAGCUCUGGCUGCAGGAAUAACUCACUUUAUAGCUUGGGGCAAGUUACAUUAUCCCACAGCAGGAAUGUUUCUCAUUAAAAUUAUAAUUUGUAUAGAUGAGUGGAUGCAGUGUCAAAGUUAUUCCCGAUGCAAAGUUACAUCCCCAUAGGUCUGAGAGGAUCCAGGUUCCAUUAUGAGCUGGGUUUGUUUCUGUCAAAUUCCCCUGUGAAAUUCAAGCCCCAGUGCUUGCCAGCCCAGCAGCGCCUUCCUGCUGCAGACUGGGGUAUUUCACUGGCUCCAGGAUUCCCAGGUAGUGUUUGCAUUAUUGAUAGGCAUGGCUACAAGCAGGCUGCUUCCACGGGGCAGAGCUUCCAUCCACCUGCUUGCUAUUACCCCGUUGCCUGGAGAUCACAAACAGCCUGGCCUGGAGAUGUGUGGCUGCAGAACAAGUGUUCCCACUAUGAAGCAGUACUCAGUCAGUCAGCCUGCUCCUACUGCCACCAAAAAAGGCCCUCCAGCUGCUGCAGGCAUGCCCAAGGGUGUACCCAUUGCCAAGCAGCUGGCAUCAAUAAAAGCUCUAAGAAAAGGCUCAGACCUUGAAAAGGCUUUUGCUACAGCAGCUUUGGUGUAUAACAACCAUGCUGACCCUGAGAGCAAGCUCAGCAAGUCUGAAACCAAGAGCUUACUGCAAUCCCAGUUCUGGCACUUCAUCCAGGGCCAAGAAAACAAACCAAAAUACCAGGAAAUAAUUUCUUCCUUGGAUGAGGAAUCAGAGAACAAAAUUAAUUUUGAAGACUUCAUGAUCUUGUUAGUCAGUCUCACUCUAAUGUCUGACCUGCUGCAGGAGAUCAAAAAUGUGAAAACCACAAAAUGAUCUGUGAUUUUAAAGAAGAAAUGGCCUGGUAGCAUAUGAGGAAAGCAUGAGUGAGGUACACACAGAGUGCCUGGAUAUCCUGUGCUGGUCCCUUUUAAAUGGAAUAAA